AUGACUUCCAGAAAUUGCUUGCACGGAUUUAAAAUUGCAGUAAUUGCUUUAGCAAUUAUAGAUUUAGUGUGGAAUAUUUAUAAAUUCAUAAUUUUCGUGGUUUUCGAAUUGGUUAUUGUCAUCAUUUAUGCUUUGAUGUCAACUAAGAAACCGCCAAGAUCACAUGAGCACAUGAGAACGACCGUUCCCUUGAGACAGACGACAGUUCCGAUGAGAACAACAGUUUAAGCAAAUCAUCUUGGGGAUGGAGCACAAUUCAUUUGCCAUUUUUGCACGUUUUCGUUUAGAUAGAUUGUCAUUAAUUUCAUGAUCUUAUCGCUUAUUCCGUCCAUUAUGCUUCCUAGGUAGGUCAGUAAGUGUUGAAUUCAACAAUUUACAAUUAUAUAUAGAAAUAGAUUCUCACAAUGAGUUAAUAAAUAAAUAUGAAUAGAAUACAAUACAAAUCAAGCAAUGAGUCAUCGUUGAAGAAUCUCUUUAAGGAAAAUUAUCAUUUAUGUCUUGUUUUAAUGAAUUUUUAUUAGUAAUGUUAAAAGUAAUUAAAUAAAGAUUUUUUACAUUCAAUAAAAGGU